AUGUUGCGAAGUUUUCUCGGCAAUCGAGCCGUUUUGAGAAACUUCCGUGUUCGGAUGUCGACAGAAGUUCUCCCCGGCGACGAGAGCAUCAUUGACUUUGUGGACACAAUCACCGAAACGUCUGAAUCACAGGUUUUAUUGAAUUUUUGCGAAAAAAUGGUAAGUUUUCGAUUUUCAGAACAAACCGUUCGCCACGCUGCUGCGCGAGUCGAAAUUCAUGCAACUCGGCGACUUCAACGGGCGGUUCGUCGUCGGAAAAAUUGUGCAACGCAUUCAAGAAGACGUCUACAUUGAUUUUGGACUGAAAUUCAACGCCGUCUGCAAAGUUCCGGCCAUCAAUUCAGAGUACGCGCCCCCGAUCAAGUGUUAUGAAAUUUUUCGCAAGAAAGCCUUAGCAAUUAUAGAAACUUUCUAUUUUUGCAGAGCGUACCGCAGCGGAGCCCGUGUUGUCAUCCGAUUAAUCGAUCCGGAGCUCAGCGAACGAUUCCUCGGCUCCAAAAGGGAUCUGACGCUUCUGGAGGCGGACGCCGUCCUCGUUCGCCUUCUUUCCAACGUUCCCGGCGCCCAACGACGUGCCCGUGACGAUAAAAAAUUGUCGAAAGCGCCGGAAGACGUCGUCGUUGAAAAUACGCCGAAUUUGACAGAAAAAACGAUGCCGGCCGAGCAAAAUCUUUGA